AUGCAAUAUCCUCGCUUAAAGAAGCUAUCACUCCUCACUUCGGCACCAUCAAUACUACAAAACGCACCUAUACUUGAAGAAUUGAAGAUGACAUCAAACGCAAUCAAAGCCAACCCUGCAAUCCUGGAUACAAUCCCAUCCACGUUGAAGAAGCUCAAAUUGAAAUUGGAAGAUGGACGCAAUCAUGUUGAUCCGAACACCAUUGAGCGCUAUCUUGGUCGCGUGGCUCAGCAAUGCCAAAUACAAGAACUUACAAUCCACGUCGACAUGUUCGUUGCCUUUGAGAAUGUGCUUCAAGCUGUCUACCGUUUCAGCAUGCUCCAACGUCUAAUGCUCAAAUUCAGGAGGGAUUGGCAGCCGUAUCAAACGGAAAGAUUCCUUGAAGGUCUUGUGAAUGCAUGCCCUCAUCUAUCUUCGCUUGGAAUCGAUUGCAACCACGCUCCAUCGACCUAUUCCAUGAAUGCAUUGAAACGACUCGUUCAUCUAAAGGAAUUCGCCUUUUCCAUCAAGGACAUGGGCCCCUAUGACAGCUUUUGGCAUGAACUUCGGACGUUUUCUCAACUCAAGUGCAUCCGGGUACGCGAUGAAGAUCCAAUCACCAAGUUUCAAAUUCGACAACUCAAGAAGCACAGGCCUGAUAUGAAUGUUAUUAUAGAUGGAUGGUACCAGCCGUUCUGA